CGCUAAUUAAUUAAUUACACAAAUAAUGGAUAGUUUAAAUUACUGCAGACUUUGUCUACAAACAUUUUCGCAUCUAAUAUCAAUAACAAACAGGAAUUCUAUCAUAUAUAGAGCCUUGAUAGAAUGUACUGAAAUUGAAAUAUCCCAACAGGAUAAACUAUCUAAAAAGAUCUGCAGCAAAUGUAGAAAACGUCUUAAGGAUGCCUUUGAGUUUAAAAAAAUGUGCAAAGAUUCGAAUGAUUAUCUACAGAACUCGACUAACCUACAAAUUUGUGCAAAAAGAUAUAAUACUAAGAAUAAAAUCUAUACAAAACAACAAUUAUCAGCAGAUUUUAAUUACACCCAUGCUUGCACAAUAUGCGGUAAAUAUUAUUAUAAAAUCGGACAGCUAAGAAUACACAUGGAUUCGCAUACAAGUUCCACACAUAAAUGCACCCAUUGUGAUUUUCAAGCCUCAAACAUUAUUAAUUUGUGGAAACAUAAACAUCGUCUGCAUCCACGCAAGAUUGUAAUUAAAAAGUAUUUAGGAAGACAAUUUAUGUGUGUUAUUUGUGGAAAAGAAUAUAAAACAGGUUGUUGUUGAUAAAACAUAGACGACAGGUGCAUGGUAAAAAGACUUUGGAAGACUUAUGUGAAGGUUGUGGAACGUUGGAGAAAAUUGAUUUGAAAUCUGCAAGUUGUCUGAGAUGCUCCGU